AUGACUUUCGUGUCCGGGGCAGUGGUUCUGUUGAUGCGUGGACUCGUCAUCUCUGCGGUACUGGGCUUAGAGGGUUCAUACACGAGUCAUUUGUCGAACCGAGUCACUCCGGAUCCAGCAGCAGUAGCUGUCGCUCCUACAGACCCGUGUUUGACAGUCAUCCCUCCAUGUAUGAAUGAAGCCGACCGCUUCAGUUUAGAGGCGCUUCGGCACAUUCACAAGCAGCUAGAUGAUGACAACGAUGGAGGAAUUGAAGUGAAUGAGAGUGUAGAGUUUAUCAUAGAGGACAUGAAGCAGCAGCAGACCAAUAAACACAGUAAUCUUCACCGAGAGGACCAGCACAUCACGGUGGAGGAGCUGUGGAGGGGCUGGAAAAUAUCAGAAGUGCACAACUGGACACUGGAGGAUGCAGUUCAGUGGCUGAAAGAAUCCGUGGAGCUUCCCCAGUACGAAAAAAACUUCAGAGAGUUUAAAGUAGAUGGCAACACGUUACCUCGAAUAGCGGCCAAUGAACCGUCGUUUAUGUCAAUGCAGCUAAAGAUAUUAGACCAACGACAUAAACAAAAAUUAAAUCUAAAAGCAUUGGACGCAGUGCUCUUUGGACCUCCACUACGUCCUCACCAUCACUGGCUGAAGGACUUUGUUUUGAUGAUUUCAAUCAUCAUUGGUGUGGGAGGCUGCUGGUUUGCAUACAUACAGAACAAAUCGUCUAGAAUUCACAUCUCCCAGAUGAUGAAAGAUCUGGACAGUUUACAGCAUGCUGAACAGAGCCUGAUAGAGCUACAGAGCCGACUGGAGAAGGCUCAGGAGGAGAAUCGUACAGUUGCGGUGGAGAAGCAGAACCUGGAGCAGAAGAUGCGUGACGAGAUCAACGGAGCAAAGAGAGAAGCCAGCAGACUGCGAGAGCUGCGAGAGGGGGCUGAAUGUGAACUCAGCAGACUCAAGUAUGCAGAGGAAGAACUAGUGCAGGUGCGAAUGGCACUGAAGAGAGCAGAGAAAGAGAUGCAGGCAGAUUGGUCGGUGCCAGAAGCCUUGCAGAUGUGGCUUCAGCUCACACAUGAAGUGGAACUGCAGUACUACAACAUUAAAAAACAGAGUGCCGAGCUGCAGCUCACGGUCGCAAAGGAUGAGGCAGAAAAGAUCAAGAAGAAGAGGAACUCUGUGUUUGGUACCCUCCAUGUUGCACACAGCUCAUCACUGGAUGAAGUAGACCACAAAAUACUUGAGGCUAAAAAAUCUCUUUCAGAGGUCACAGCCUGUUUGCGUGAACGUCUUCACCGCUGGCAGCAAAUAGAGAAGUUAUGUGGCUUUCCAGUGGUUAAUAACUCUGGGCUGCCCAACCUCACCGCCUCCCUGUACGCCGACCACAGCUGGGUGGUCAUGCCGCGUGUAUCGGUGCCACCCUACCCAAUCGCUGGCGGGGUGGAUGAUCUCGAUGAGGACACACCACCAGUCAUUCCACAGUUCACUUCUACUUUGAUUCGACCUUCUCUGACCCGCAACAGCAGUGUUUGUCGUUCUCGCAGAAGUCUUAUCUCUCAGCCCUCGUCCCUUUCUCCUGACCCUGACCUGUUGUCUAUGGCCUCAGCCCCACUGGCCUACAGACCUGAGGGAGACGAUGAUCACAUCUUCUUCACUGUCGAAAGGAAAGGGGAUCUUCAGGACACAUGCUCAGAUUCAGAUUCUCUCAGUUCCUCUUUGGGCAGGAAGCAGUUCUCUGGUCCUUCUGUUCAAAGUACAUUUGCUAAAGGCAUGGAGACCCCAGCACGUAAAAUCUCUCGUGAUGAACUACUUCUCCUGGCACAGGAGGCCCAGGCUAUCGCCAUGGAGUCCUUACCUUCUACCACAUCCUCCCCUUCAUCUCCUCUCGACUCCUCCUCCAUUCACAAGGGAUCCCCGGACAUUACCCGCUCUUCUGUCCUCCCAGAAUCUCAAAGUUUAAUCUUUCACCCUGGCUCCAAAUCUGCAGCCUAUAAUGGCAUUCUGGAAAAGUCAUACAGCAUGGGGCAGCUGUCCGCUGGUGGGAUGCCUCCAGGGGGACAUUACCCCUCGAUUAGCUCACUUGACAUAGAAAGCAAAUCUAUCAAGGAGCCCAAGCAACUCCAGCCCACCUCCUCCCAGGACUUGUGUGACAACGUAGAGAAAAAACGCUCCAAGAUCAAGAGCUUGUUCAAGAAAAGCAAAAAGCUGUGAGGAACAGUAGAGAAGAGGAAGAAAUGGAGAGAAGAGGAAGAAAUGGAGAGAAAAAGAAGCCUUAAAGAAAUAAAUGAGGGUCAAUCAGAAGCCAAAACAUUUUUCAGUUACUUUGUCGUUUUUUAAAUUUAAAUGGAUGUAGCUUCACCUGGUUACAGUGCUGGGUUGGAAGCCUUUUUUGUAGCCUCACACAUACGCCUUUGAAGGCCAAAAAAAGUUAUGUUAGCGUUUUGCAGAACAUGUCCUCUUCACUGUUUUUCGUUAAGUCUCAAUUUUCUAUAAUAUGCAUCCUAAUGAUGUCACCAGGAAGAGGGAUCAGGAAAACAGAAUAAAACAGAAUAGAGUCAAAUAUUAGCCAAAUCUCCAAAUUUGAAAAUCCUGAAAAUUCUGUCAUUUACUUUCCCUCAUGCCACUCCUAUUAUGUAUACAGUAGUUUAAUGGCACACAAAACCAUUUUAAGGAACUGUUAACAGAGUUCUAGCAAUACAACCAAGAUUCAUAUUGACCAAGGGCUGUUUAUCUCGGAAAAGAAAAAAAAAUAAAAAAAAAUAAAAGGAAAUAACCACACCGAAGAGCAACAUAAUAGUAGUUUUACAACUCAUGUGCAAUAUUUCAAGUAUUCUGUAAAUCUGCAUUUUUUUUUUUUUUUUUCUGUUGGCCUGCGUUACAAAUGCUACAAAUGGAUGUGUUUGAUUGUUGCACCGUGUCUCACUAUUUAAUUUACAGGAGUGACAACUGCAUUUUACAAUUGGAUUGACUCCCCUGAAAAAUGCCAGUAGUGACAACCACAUUUACAAAAACUCCAAACACAUUAUCUUGGAAAUAAGCCACAUAUCAAAACAUAGUGACUUUCACCUGCCUCUUUUAUUAACUCCAUAAACUGGACCGCUUUAUGAGCCAAUCCCAAAAAUGCUUGAUACCUAACAUGCAAGAUUGCAAACUGUUAUGGUUACCAUUGUGCCAGUUUUGACAGUGAGUUCUGUUCCAUACACACAAAACUGUAAUGUAGGGGAUUUACUCCCUAUUUAAAUGCGGUUGAAACUUUACAGUGUGUAUGUGGCCACUGGCAUGAUCAAACAAUAAGGCAUCAUGGUUUGCCAUUAUAUAAAGACUUGCUGACCAAAUGAAUAAUAAUAAUAAUAAAUAAAAAAAUGAAGAAAGCAAGUCUGCUUAUCUUAUAGAUUACUGAAAUUAUAUAACAAACUUGUUUUCAUCAUGGCAGGUUUGACAGAAGAUGAAUUUUAAUUUUGAAAUGGCAAUUUUAAAAGUGAAAAAAAAAAAAAAGUAAUAUGUGUCUUAAAAUGCAUUUUAAGAUCCUGUAUUAUGUUCCAUCUUGCUUCUCCCAGUACAGAUGUUUAAAUUACGUUUUGAAGGUUAAGUAUACAUGUCAAAUAUUGAUAACUGUUUUCACAACUGAUCAUUUCCAAGUACUCAUGUCUAUCACUAAAUCUUAGGGAUUUGUGUGAUAAACAGGUUGAAAUUUAAGUCAUUAUUCCAUACAUACGUUUCUUUUUUUUAUCAUAAUAUCAACAUCUAUACAUUUUUUCCCCCUGGUUGUUGGGUAAAGAUAGCAAUUUAAUCCCACACUUAAAUUGGUUUUAAUGUAUAUGCUGGCCAACGUGUCAAUAUCAUUGGAAGUUUUUGACUUCGGCUUGAUUUGCAUAUUUGACAUCAAUUUGAUGUCUUGUCAACAUCAAUUGCCCACUGUUCAAGUUCACUUUUAGAUCUGUUUCCAUUUCUUAAGUGUACCAACAUCUCAAAAUCACCCGAUGGAUAGAAUAAUUUGUUUACACUCUUUACACAACAGUUCAGCUGUAGAAAUGGCACGUUGUGUUUGGUUACUAGGCAGCCAAGAUCCAAUGGCUUUUUGACAAAAAUUAUAAAGCUGCAUCUGGACUCAGGCUUGACCAUAGCUUGGUUGGAAGUAAAGAUUAUUAGUGAGAACACUUAAAUUUAAGUCUGGUUGUCUCAAAAAGCGGUCAUAUGGCUUCAGAAGACUUGAAAUCUAAUGCACAAGUCAUAUGGAUGGAUUUCCCUUAUGGUGUUUUUUUAUGCUAUUUAUUUAUUUUUUGGGUACUUAACAUCCCAUGGUCCCUUUGAACUAAGUUGUAUGACAAGACCUAUAUAACAAAUCUUUAAAAACCCCUACUUUGGUGACCCGCAUACAAAUUAUUAACAUUUGGAAUGACACAAGGGUGAGUUAACAAUUACCUUUUUUUUCUCCCCACAUUUGAAGUCAUAAGAGUUUGAAAGGCAGCUGGGAAGGGUCCAGGGUGAAAUCUGGGCUUUCAGUUUUGUCACUUCUGUUUACUGCCACAGAGCUCCUGUACUUGACAAUAUUUUUUUUAAGAAAAAAGAAAAGAAAAAAAAGGGAAAGGAAAAAAGAAAAAGAGUAACACUUAACAUAAAGCAGCAUGUCAGAACGCCUAUAUAGUGAAAUAAUGAACAUAAUGUAAAGAUUCAGUAAAUUAAUACAGAUUACUCUUUUCUGUGCUAAAUACUUCCCUAAGCACUAUAUUUCAAUUAUCAUUACUCUUUUUAUUUUUGUUUUAAAACACCAUUUUACAUUACUAGAAUGAUGCCAGCAUAUAGUUUUGGCGAAUUUGUUAUAUAAAUAAAUAAAUAAUAAAUACAUUUAUAAAAAGAAACAGAAAUUAAACCCAAGCUGUGUACAAUUGAUAGCAGACCUAUAGAAGUGUUAUGAAGACUUUUCAGGUGUGGCGUUUAUAAGGCGUCUUGACUAACUGCUGUGUGGAAAGCGCUACUGAAUUAUCCUGCUAAAGGUUGUUGCACUACUGCUUUCCUUGCCAGGAAAGAGUCGCUUUUGGGCGGCAUUAGAGUAAGUUAUGAUAGUUAGAUCAAGGAGAAUAUUUGUAAAGAUGCGUUAAAAAGCAGAAAAUUUACAUCAAAGCAAGAAAA